AUGGUGCCGAGGAUUCAAGGGAUUUGUUCCCCGACUCGAAGGCGAAGCCUUGCACAAAAUUCUUCAGCACUUCAGGCUGUCCGUACGGCGAAGAAUGUCACUUUCAGCAUUACGUCCCUGGCGGUAUAUCAGCUCUCGGAAUUUCACCAAGACCCAUGCCUCCUGGAAUACCCGGAUCCGGAGGCCCUUGGCCGCCUGCCGGAAGCCCCAUGGGAAGAGGACCAGGUUCAGGCAGGCUCGGAGGAGGACACGACGGAGACGCUUCUAAGAUCUGCAGACGUUUCACGGCACCAGGAGGGAGAGAUUUUAUGCCUGGCGACGGAUACGGAUCGGACUCCAGAUAUGGUGGUGGCCAAUGGGAAGGACCUGGUGGAUAUAAAGGAGCGGGUGGUUUACCCAUGGAGCCUGAGAUUAAAAAAGUGA